ACGCUCCGUGACUUUGGCCGAACUGACACACUUUUCGCGGAAAGCGCGCGCUCAGUUUCAAAGAGAAUUUGCAGUGGGCGGAUUGCAACUGGUGAGCUGCUGGCGGGAAUGAUUCGUUUCUAACACCGAGACAUGGAGGAAUAUUUCCUGAACGCUACGGACGACGCGUUCAACGCGACCCUCAACCUCGACAACUCUACCGGCGACGUCCUCCACGAGAACAUCGUCCACCUGUGCAUAUCCCUCCUGCUGGUAUGCUGCCUGCUCGCAAUGUGCGUCAACUGCGUAGUCAUCGUCAGCGUCUACUGGAUCCGCAGUCCGAUGACGCCCAACUUGAAAAUCAGCCUGAGCCUCGCGAUAGCCGACGCCGUAAGUUCCAGCAUGACUGGACUAAUGCUCUUCCUCGACGAGAUUCAGAUUUCAGAACACCUGGGGGUAAUCCCGUGCCUCAUAGAACUGAUUAGGCUUAGCGGGAUAGUCAUCACCGUCCUCCACUUACUAGCGCUAAGUCUCAACCACUACAUAGGCAUUAUGAAGCCCUUGCAUUACAACUCUAUAGUUACGAAACGCAAGGUGUCCACGGUGAUCGCUUUGUUGUGGAUCUGCCCGGUUGUCCUGCUGGUGAUACUCUGCACGAUAGAGAGCAAAGGUGCCCUUUUCGAGAACAUCCAGAACAACACGAGCUCGGGGCAGAUAUUCACCACGUUCCUCGCGAGGAUGAGCUACGGCACCCUGUUCUUCUGUCCCAUCGUGCUGAUGGUGUUCUGUUACACUCACAUCCUGAUUACCGUCAGGAACCAACAGCAGAAAUGGAAGAACUUGUCCAGGCUGGGCAGUUCGAGGAAUAAAGGGCGCAACGUCAACGGCAGAUCGAGCAGCCAGAAGGCCAACAGGGAACAGAUUAGGCUCCAGGGGAACAUAAAGGCCAUCAAGACGACGCUGCUGAUUCUGGGAUCGUGCUUCAUUGGGUGGAUGCCGGCGCUUUUGUUUUUCAUUUUGAUGUGUAGAAACGACUGUCCUAUAAAUGGGGAAACUCUCAAUACGCUUAACCAAGAAUAUAAAUACGAAGUGAUGACGCUUCGCCUAAUAGAUAAUAUGUUAGUUAUUAUGAAGAUGUUAGCUAAUCCCAUCAUAUACACCAUUCGGAUGAAGGAGAUUAAGGAUAGCACCCAUCGGAUGUACCUGGCCCUGGCGGGCAUAUUCUGUCCAGCCAGAAGGAACAACAACGCAUACAGCAUAGCAUAUCAAUCGUCCAGGAAGCAGAACAGCGUGGUCACCUCCCAAAUCCGACUAAAUUCGUUUCGGAACAACCCGACCGACUCUCACGUCAUCUGACCCGACGUGGAGAACACGUUUUUAUAAAAUAACCGUUAGGUGUAAUCAUAUCUCGGUGGAUAAUCAUUGUAAUAGGUGUUUUUGUAAAUAUUACCUCUACCAACUUAAGGAGCAAGUACUGAAAUGGUUGCUGUCUGUGUUGAGAUGCAACGAAAUUUGUAAAAAAUGAUCCUGACUUAAUUGUUUGUGUAUUUCCGUGUAUAUUUAAAUGAUGUCAAAUAGUACUGUUUUAAAUCUUAUGCGACUAGAUUGUGCUGCUGUUUGAUUUAUUUAUUUACGUGUUUGUAAUACACAGAGUGGAUCUUAAAUGCGUGGACAUAUUUCGACUGUGUAAGUAUAAUUCUUGGUCUAAAAGUUAUUUUUCAAAAUUACAAAUAUUUACGAUGAUAUUAUUAUUUUAUUUUAUUUAUUUUUUUUAGUAAUCCUUUAUACAUAUGUAUUGAGGUCUGUUGUCCGCGUAAUCAUUUAUACCGCCACACCAAAGAAAUGCGAGAUUGCCAAAUCGUACAUGGGAAAUUUUAUGUAGAAGAAGACAAACAGCUCUUAGUACACAUAACCACUAACAACACCACGUUUAAAAAAUGGAUCGCAAUACACAAAUGACGAAUAUUAGGUAAGUCUAUAUUGAGAAAUACGUAUUUUAAUUUUGUACGAUUAUUAUCAAGUCAGUGACUUCAAUGACGUAGCAUUGUUUGCAGUAAAUUACCCCGGCGCGGCGGCACACAAAAUAAAAAAAGUGAUCGAAUUUAAAUUUAAAGUCUGCUGAGCCUC